AUGUCUGAUUGUCAACUCCCUUAUGAUGAUAUAGAAUUUCAAAGAAGCAAAGAUACUUCGACUAAGGAAAAGAUGGCCAAUAUUGAUGAUGUUAUUGUAGUUAAUGAUGAAGAAGAGAAUGCACAUGUAAAUGAAACAACUAAUAGAGUUGAACAACAAAACAAUGAUGAAGAAGAUGCCCCAUACACUAAAAGGAAAAGAAGGAAGACAUCAAAUGCUUGGGUACAUUUUCGUACAAUAAGUAAUGCAAGUGGAAGCGAAGUCCCGCAAUGUAUACAUUGUGGAGAGAAAUUAAAGAAGCUCAAAGAUGGAACCACCACACCAUUACUUAGGCAUAUUAACACUAGUUGCCCGAAACUGAAAGCCGUCAAUAAAGGUCAGUUAAAGUUAAAUGUUGGCUUUGGAAAUUCAACAGAAUCUUCAUCAUUGAUUCAAAAUUGGAAGUUUAGCAAUGCUAGGAUGAGAGAGGUUAUUUCUCAUAUGAUUAUGGUUCAUGAAUUGCCAUUUAAUUUUGUUGAGUAUGAAUUGUUUAAUGUGCUGAUGAAAGAAGCUAAUCCGGCUUUUAACAAGAUAUCGCGUGCAUCAAUUCGACAAGAUUUUCAAAAUAUCCAUUACAUGGUAGUGACAUGCCACUUUGUAGACUCGGAGUUUAAUCUUUACAAAUCCAUAUUAAGUUUUGUUGAUGUUCCGCCAUCGUAUUCUGGAGUACGUAUCUAUGAUUGUUUGUUCAAGUGUUUAAAAGAUUGGAAUAUUGAGACGAAAGUGGCCACUUUGACUGUUGACAAUGCUAGAACUAAUGACGUGGUGGCUCGGAAGUUAAUGGAAAAUUUAAAUCUUCAAAAGAAACUUGCUAUCGAUGGACGUUUGUUUCAUAUGCGAUGUUGUGCGCAUAUUCUUAACUUGUUGGUUCAAGAUGGUUUAUCAGAAAUUCAAGCUAUAAUUCACAACGUUCGUGAAAGUGUGAAACAUGUGGGUGCCUCUCCAGGUCGAUUACAUAUCUUUAGUGAGCUCGCCAAACAGUUACAAAUGUCGAAAAAACAACUUAUAUUAGAUGUGAGUACUCGAUGGAAUGCCACAUACGCUAUGUUGUCUACAGCCUUGGAGUUUAAAGAAGUUUUUGAAAAUUAUGCCGACCGAGAAAGUACAUACAAUACAUUACCGAGCAAUGAUGAUUGGAAAAAGGUUGAAGAUGUUUGCUCAUUUUUAUCACUUUUCAACGAGGCUACAAAAAAUAUUUCAGGCUCGGAAUAUCCAACUUCUAAUUUAUUUUUGAGUGAGUUAUACGUUAUAAAAGAAGCACUGGAUAAUGUUGCUUUGGACAAGAAGGAUUGCAUGAAUUCUAUGGCUUGUAAGUUGAAAGAAAAAUUUGACAAGUAUUGGGGCUCAUCUAAUCUUUUGAUCUCCAUUGGCUCUGUUAUGGAUCCUAGAUACAAGAUGAAAUUAAUCGAGUUUUCUUUUAACACAAUUUAUUCUGAGAAUAAAGCUGGUGCAGAAAUUGAAAUUGUUCGCAAAACUUUAGAUGAAAUGUUCACAGAGUAUGUGGAGACACAUAGAGAGGCCAAUGUUGUUUCAUCUGGUGGUGCAUUUGCUCAUGUUCAGACUGAAAAUGGGAGCGGAUCUAGUUAUUCAAACGUUUCCUCUAGCUUUAUGAGUUCUCGAUUUGGUAAGGGUUUAAAAACAGGCAUUGCUAAGUACAAUCAACAUAUUAGAAGUGUUGAUACUGUUGAAAGUGUGAAAUCAGAGCUAGCCAUAUAUUUAGACGAGGGAGUGUACAUUUGUGAGCAAGGUGUAAGUUUUGAUGCAUUGGGGUGGUGGAAGGCGAAUAAACUUAAGUUUAGAAUUUUGUCUAAAAUGGCUGCUGAUAUCUUAUCAAUUCCGAUAACGACAGUUGCAUCCGAAUCUGCUUUUAGUGCUGGUGGGAGAGUUAUUGACCCACACCGUUCCCGUUUAGGAACUAAGAUAGUAGAUAUGCUUGUUUGUGGAGCUGAUUGGUAUCGUCAUUACUAUGGAGUAAACAAAAAGAAUAACAAAGAAAAUGAUGAUGUCGUAUACAUUGAGUUAGAAUAA